AUGGGGUUCGACUAUGUUCUGGUAUAUGUCACCUACAACAUCCCCUUAGCGGGGCUCCUGACACUUGUUUACUGGCCAUUCAUGACUCGUCUAGACUGGCAAAAGAUUUCCACCCUCGUCAUUAUAUCCCUCGUCGCUACCAUUCCUUGGGAUUCGUACUUGGUGCGUCAUCGCAUCUGGACGUACACCCCAAAUGGGGUCACAGGCUGGACCCUAUACGAUAUCCCUUUAGAAGAAGUGUUUUUCUUUAUUAUUCAAACAUAUAACACUAGCUUGGUAUAUUUAAUCCUAACUCGGCGGCUUGUGCUACCGACCUAUUUGGGUGCUGUCGCGCGAAAGAAGACUCUCACUGGAGCUUUGAUACUUUUACUUGUCAUUGUGAUUGGGCUUAUCACAUUGUACUUUGGAGAACAUUUCACUUAUCUUGGUCUAAUUAUCACAUGGGCUGGUCCAUUUCUUCUGAUACAAUGGCUAUUCUCGUCUGGCUUCGUUAUGGCAUUUCCCAAGAUGGAGCUCCUGGCAGCCGUUGCACUUCCUACUCUGUUUCUGUGGAUAGUGGACACAAUUUUCAUCAACCAAGGAACAUGGACUGUUGAAGCGCCGACCAAACUAGGCAUUCAGUUGUGGAGGGGUAUGGACAUAGAGGAGGUACUCUUCUUCCUCAUUACCAAUAUAAUGAUCGUUUUCGGUUUAGUAUGUAUCGAUUAUGCUAUCGCAAUGGCAACUUGUGAAAUAGCGCAAUCACCAAAAGCAGUCCAAAGGUUCCCGUCCUACUUCCGGGUCUUAGCACAAUUUGUGACCAACAAAUACCAUCCAGACAAACGAUUCGUGACCAAUCUGGAAAUGGCAGUUGAGCGUCUUGUAGCCUCCAGCCAGAGCAUGUAUAUGGGAAGUGCCAUGUUCCAAGGACCGCUACGGAUUGAUCUAAUCUUGCUAUACUCUUUCUUCCGAGUAGCAGACGACCUAGUCGACGAAGCGCAGGACACCGAAAGCGCACGCAGAGUAAUCGAGCAAUGCGACCAACUCCUCGAAGCCAAAUUCUCGCACCCAGACCUGUUUCCUUUUUCACCUAGCUCCAAAGAGGCCAAGCAUCCUGCACCUCCAGAGCUCAUCGCAGCGAUUGGCAAUCUCCCCACCUCCCGAUUGCGGCUUGAGCAUCUAAAAGGUCUCCUCGAGGGCUUCCGGACGGAUCUAUCCUUCAGCGCGAAAUCUGGAUCCUUUCCUUUCGUGACAGAAUCUGAUCUUGACACUUAUUCUUAUCACGUCGCUAGCACCGUAGCGGCAUCCAUGUUGGCUUUAGUUGUUCAUCAUUUUCCGGAUCAUCAGUUUGCGGUCAACGUUUUUCUUCGUCGGCGUGUUGUAGAUGCAGGUGAAAGGAUGGCCCAAGCUCUUCAAUAUACUAACGUGGCCCGUGAUAUUGCUCGUGAUGCUGCCAUUAACCGGGUGUAUUUACCCACGACGUGGCUGGAGCAACAAGGGCUGGGUCCUGCGGAUGUGCUUGCCUCCCCUACAGAUUUUCGGCUGGAGUUAGUGCGGGAUAGAGUACUUGAUAGGGCGGACUUUCUCAGUACUUCAGCUCGGGAUGAGAUCAAAUUUCUGCCCAAGGAGGCUCAAGGGCCGUUUCUUGCGACCGUUGAUAGUUACCUGGAGAUAGGGGUAGCUUUGAGACGGGGUAUGAGGCCGAGAACCCUCGGGGACAAGCUAAGGCUUCCAAGUGGAACACGCUUGUGGGUUGUUUAUCGGGCUAUGGCCCUGAGACAGUAG